AUGCAACCUAAGACGACCGGAACUUGUGAUCAACUAGCGGCUCAUUUGUCUCCUAUCGUUACACCUUCCGCCAUAAGGUUGCUAAGCGGGCUAACAACCAGCUCUGGUGAUUUGUCGCCCAGCACAGCUAUAUUUAACGUCUCGGGAUUACAAUCUAAUGUGGCCCUUAUGACAACGAAUUCUAUUUGCUCAACUAUCGAUGAGGCUACUUCCACUACCACGAUCUCAAGUGGCAGGACUCUAGGCCUGAGUCUAGAAGCUUCCAACUCCAAUACUAUCACACCAGUUGCCUCGAGAAGUCAGAACUCUGUUGUAAGGUCACUUGUUGGAACGCCCAUCUCUAAAGGAUUGCUUCUUCCAAUUCCUUCUAUCGCCACCGCCACCACCGCACCGUUAACCUCUCCCUUGUGUUCUUAUACAAGCUCUCCUACAUCUACGGCUUCGACACUUCUCGCAUCCAUCUCUUCACCUUUUGCCUCAGAACUACUGACCAGUCUUUCUCUUGCCAACCAACUUGCCUCUUCAGCUACAUCAUAUCCUUAUUCCUCCUGUCUCUCCUGCUCUACUUCCACGACAACCACAACCCCUUCUUCCUCCUUCUCCACCUCGUUCGCAUCAUUAAUUCCCUUCCCUAUCCGAGGAGAUGGGGACUCGCUUGGAACAGCUUCUGGAUCUCUCUUCUCAUCAGACCUCCUCUCAGCUGCAGCCACUGUAGCUGCUGCAGCAGCAACUGCGGGACAGACCUACCCAAAGCUUGAUCUUCUUUCACCAACCUCUCGGCAGAUGGAGGCUGAGGCUCGAGCGAUAGCAGGCUCUAUGCCUAUUAAAGUGGUAGCACCAGAAGCAGACCCAAAUCAGGCAAAUAUGGUGAUUGCGGCCAGAUCUGGCUGUGAAAUGCUUGGUAAGUCGUAUGGCCACUAUCGUUUAUCUUAA